GGGGCGGAACAUGGCCUCCCGCCAGAUGCCGCCAACCGUCACUCCCUGCCGACCAAACAUACCACGGGACGGGACGUAACUGCGAGCAAACGUGGCGCGGAUGAAAUAAUCUCCUAGGAGAAGAGCAAGGGAUCUUUGGAGAAAAGCCCGGGCGGUCGGAGAACCGCUAUCCCCGCCGAUUGAUGAAGCGGCUCCCGCGGCCGCAAACGUCUGAGCCACAGAGUUUGGAAACGCCUGUCGUCAUCAUGGCUGAAGGUGACGAUUUGGACUGGGGUCCAUCAUGGGGAAAAAGAGAUGGGAAAUUAACUCUUAUAGGCAAGGUUUUCAAAAAGCUCCGGCCAGUCGUCACAGCACCAAUACUAAAACAAGUUCAGACUGAGUGCAGAGUCCCUAUUGAAUGUGAACUACCUCAUUCUGGAGGUAGUUGCAUGGGAGAUGCGGUUCUGGGCCCUGGAGCUGAUGGAAGUCGAGAAAUCCCUCCGGUCCAAGUUUCAUCAGGCAAGGAGUCGCCAAGUCUCGGCCAAGCAAGAGAGCCUCAGAAUUUGGGAAUGCUGAUCGACACCAUGGCUGAAGUUACAAACAAGACCUGCACCCCCGGGACCUCCACAUCAAGAGAGAACACGGAGUCUGCAGGAGCUGAGCUCUUGAAACGGUGUGACGAUUACCAACUGUUCCAGUUGACAAAUUUCUACCGAGAAAGACUAAAACCUGCGAUGGAACAAGGCGUUGAAGAGCUCAGCAUCAUCAUGAGAAAGGAGGGAUAUUUCAAUAGACAAGAACAUGAGAAAGUCUCUGAGCUGGUGGAGAAGAGAAAUCGGGCAGAUGGUUCCAAGCUCUUCCUCAGUCUGGUGAUGGAAAAAGGCUCGGGGUCCCGGAGAGUGAUGUGGGAAUCCUUUGUGAAAAUGCGCAACGAUUUCCAUAAACUGGACAAAAUAUUAAAAGAAAUCCAGGAGCUUGGUCCUAAUCCAUACGAAUACAUGAACAUCGUACAAAAUCUGUGUGUUUUAUCGUCACAACUGAUGGACGUUCAACAGAAGCACAAGGAGACCCUGCAAGCACAAACUGAAACACUGACCGUGAAAACUAUGCAGAUGAAGAAGGAGAAGGUUGAGGUUUUCCAGCUGAUUGAUCGAUACGCUGAGCUCACAGUCAUCUCCACUAUUCGAGAUCGGAGACUGGUGGAACAUGAGCUGCUGGCAAGAGGCCGGGACCAUGAGGAGUGGAGAGAGAAAUGCCUCCGGAGAGAGUUGGAAAAAAUCCGAACUGACCAAUUGUUCCAGAGUAGCUUUUCCCGGAGGAAAUCCAAAUUGGGAAGAUCGGCCGUGGUGGCCGGAGUCGCGGGGAUAGGAAAAACGACAAUGGUGCAAAAGAUUGUUUAUGACUGGGCCACGGGGAAAAUAUACCAACACUUCCAGUUUGUCUUCAUCUUCAAGUUCCGGGAUUUAAACUCCAUCAACUGCAGAAUAAACCUGAGGGAAUUGAUUCUGGAUUCGUAUCCCUACUUUGUGAAUAUCCUGGGAGAGGUCUUGAAGAACCCGGAGGGAUUGCUGUUUAUAUUCGAUAGUUUGGAUGAAUUCAACGGCAGAAUCGAUGUUGCUGACAGUGGGAGAGGCACAGAAUCUCAGCACAAGUGCCCAGAUCCCGAAUUCCGGUGUGAAGUAUCUGACAUUGUGUCCAGUCUAAUCCAGCACCAGCUUCUCCCAGGGUGUUCAGUGCUCGUCACCACCCGCCCCACUGUGUUGCAUUCGCUGGAAAAGGCUGAGAUCAGCGUCUGGGCUGAAAUCCUGGGGUUAGUCGGUGAGGAACGGAAAGAUUAUUUCACCCGUUUUUUUGACGAUCAGGCGGUGGCAGCAGCGGUUUUCAAACACGUGGAGGAGAACUACAUCCUGUCCACCAUGAGCUACAACCCCUCCUACUGCUCGAUCCUCUGUAUGGCACUGGGCCCCUACUUUACGCAAAGGCACCGGGACCCGCAGCGAGUCCCCAAGACCAUCACCCAACUGUACUCCUACUACAUUUACAACAUCUUGAAAAACCACGGGCGUGAGAUUGAGAGCCCCCGUGAGGUGUUACUGAGGCUUGGUCAGAUGGCCUUCAUGGGAGUAGCCAAGAAAAAGAUUGUGUUCACAGAUGGAGAUUUGAUCAAGUACAACCUGCAGCCUUCCCAGUUCCUAUCUGGGUUCCUGGUGGAAUUUCUGGAGCGAGAGGAUUGUGCCCGGAGCGUGGUGUACACCUUCCCGCACCUCACCAUCCAAGAGUUUGUAGCCGCACUCGCACAAUUCCUGAUUCCACAUCCCGGGGAUAUCCUGAAACUCCUCACUGAAGCCCACAGCACGACAGACGGACGAUUUGAGAUAUUUCUCCGUUUUGUCGCUGGUCUCUCCUCCCCAUUGUCAACUUGGGGUUUGACGGAGUUUCUGGGUCCAUUUCCCCACCAAACAAUCUGCCAGGUGAUUGACUGGGUGAAUGCAGAGGUUAAACGGCAGGCUGGAAACACAUGGAGCGAGGCUGGUAAAAGGAGCUUCCUGAACACGCUGCACUACCUGUUUGAGUCUCAUAAUCCUGCACUGGCUCAGAAAGCUCUGGAAUCGGUGGAAAUGAUUUCGUUGCGUCGAUUGCGUCUGACCCCGAUUGACUGCGCCGUCGUGUCUCAUGUCAUUAAACUCUCUGAUACGACCAAACACCUUGAUCUCUGGAACUGCUACAUUCAGUGCGAAGGACUCCAGCGGCUCGGACCGGGGCUGCACAACUGUCAGGAAUUGGGUCUGGACAGUAACAACCUGGGUGAUCCUGGAGUGAAACUGAUAUCUGUGGCUCUGCGGAACCCAGCCUGUAAAAUACAGAAACUGGGGCUGGGUUAUAACGGUCUCUCGGAGUCUGGUGCCAAGGAACUUGCCUCUGCCCUGAGUGCAAACCGCUCACUGACAGAUCUCAACCUGAGUGGUAAUAAACUGGGAGAUUCUGGAGUGAAACUAAUAUCCGCAGCUUUGAGACACUCGGACUGUAAAAUACAGAUACUACGGCUGGAUAAUGUCGGACUCACACGUUCUGGUGUUGAGGACCUCAUCUCCGUUCUCGGUACAAACCGCUCGCUGACGAUCUUGGAACUGUGCAGCAAUAAUUUGGAGGAUUCCAGAGUGAAACUGGCAUGUGAGGCCCUGAGAAACCCGGACUGUAAAAUACAAAGACUGGGGCUGUGGGAUGUCGGUCUCACAGAUUCUGAUAUCGAGGAUAUCGUCUCUUCUCCCACAACAAACCAGUCGCUGACAGAGCUGAACCUGGGGAAAAAUGUCUUGACAGACCGCUCUCUCCCCGCUCUCCGUUGCCUCAUACAGUCACUCCCGAGUCUGGCGUCGAUAGAGCUUGGGUGGAAUUCAUUCAGUUCAGAAGGAAAGAAUCAGCUGAAGACUCUGCAGCAAACCAGGCCCGGAUUGAUUAUAAGCUGUGAAAAUCGCAAUGAGUAAACCAGGGGUCGGCAACCUACAGCCCACGAUGCGGGACCACUGAUGUAAUAGUGCAGUUGCAGCGGCUGCGGUGCCUGGUACUCAGCGCACCCCGGGACCAUCUAUCCCCGCGCUUCAUCCGGGGGAGGGUCAGGGCCAGGGCCAUCCUCCUCAAAGAUGGCAGCGUUGCUGGACGUUGGUUCGUGUGGACGCGGUGGACAGGAAUCCAGCGGUAAAUGGAUGGGACUAGACCUUGGAGAGGGAGGUGGGGAGGGAGGGGAUG